AACACAUCCCGGCGCCGGGGACGAAGGAAGCUCCUUGGAUCCCAGCGGAAGGCGGGGUGGGGGUGCGUGUGUGCGCGGGGCGUGCGUGUGUGUGUGUGUACAAGCGAUGCCGGGCCCGAGGACCGCUCCCGGAGCUGCCUAGCGGGAGGAGUCCUGCCCCGCCGGCUGCCCGGCCCGGAGCGGGGCGGCUGCCGCGGGGGAGCCGAGCGCGGCCGGGGCGCUCCGCGGGAAGGGAGCGCGGCCUCACGCUGCCCGGAUGACAGCGCAGACGACAAAAGCGGGCGAGUGAAUGGCGAGGCUGGCAGAGAGAAGCCGAGGUGUUGCCGAAGCCAAGAUGUCAGUGACUGUCGGCCAAGCCUGAUAAGGGAGAGAGGGAGACCGGUGCGUGCCGACGUCCCCAGAGCCAGACGGGGAGGUUCUGGCUUAGCCACGAUUGAAAACACCAGCGGCAGCAGCAGCAGCAACAACAGAUUGCACCCCCCUCCCCCGCUCCCUCGCUCCUUGUCCUUCGACUCCGCUUUAAACCCAAGCAAGUAGCCGACGGGUCCAGACGACGAUGCUCCGACUGAGCCACUGACAAAGAAAAGGCAGGUCACCCAUCCCUGAAACCGGGCUAACCGGCUGCUUGCAAGCAGGAGACCUCUCGCUGUUGAACUUUUCUGUCCUGUGGUGAUGCUGUUGUGAGCCUGCUGAUCUGAAAGCCAUCUCUUCUGGAUUUCAGAGCUGGCCAGAUUGGAAGAGAUUAAUGGACUGAUCAGCUGUAGCUUUUGGAUCUCAUCAGGGGGCUACAUCCCUUCAGCCCCUGUCACUCGGUGCUCGUGGUGAGGGGAGCAGGACAUCUUUGUAUAGGUGGGUCACUGGCUCGCUCCCAUUUGAGGUGGAAGGCUGUGUUUCUUGUCACCGGGUCUCCUCCACAGAGGAGAAGAGGCAGAUGAGACUCCAGGACUGCCUCCAGGGCAGAACUUUGUAGCUCUCUCAGCAUCCCUCUGCAGCGUGGAUGUGAGCCACGGGAGCUGGGGAUGUCUGAGGCAGUCUCUGCCAAGUGACACCUAGCAGCUGCUCCGGAGGUUUCUGCGUGGUCUCACACUCAAGGGCUUUGCCUGUUGUGAAGAUGUCCAUGGUGUUUCUGUGAAGCUGAGGUAUGGCUGCUGGAAGGUUACUGCUGUAUGCUGGCCUCUCUUUAGCUCUGUGUGCCCUGGGCAUGCUGGCUGUGGCAAUCUGCUCAGACCAUUGGUACGAAACUGAUGCCAGGAAGCACAGAGAGAGGUGCAAGAGCAUCACUACUAAAAGAAAUGAUCCUGGCUUCAUUUAUAACUCCAACAACAACCUGCCUCUCAGGGCCAGCAGGUCUAGGUUGGACCGCUGGGAAGGGAAACUCCUCUUGGCAAGAAACAGGAGGCAGAUCUUUGCUAUGAGCGCAGUCGACGAGUGCAACAGACAGUACAACUCGACCAACAUGGGGCUCUGGAGGAAAUGCCACCGACAAGGAUUCGACCAAGAGCUGGAGGAGCUGAUUGCCAAAGGAGCAAUUGAGAGGUGCACAUACAUCAAGUACCACUACUCCUCAGCGACCAUUCCCAAGAACCUCACCUACAACAUCACCAAGACAAUCCGCCAGGAUGAGUGGCACGCCUUGCAUCUGCGCAGGAUGACAGCUGGCUUCAUGGGCAUGGCUGUGGCCAUCAUCCUCUUUGGAUGGAUUAUCGGGGUGCUGGGGUGCUGUUGGGAUCGAGGCCUUAUGCAGUAUGUGGCGGGGCUUCUCUUCCUCAUGGGAGGUCAUUGGAAUCAAUGGGAAAUUUACUUCAUUAACAAUGGUAAGACUGGAUCCUAUUUAUGUAUAUAUGUGAUGAGGGGACUUAGGUAAGGGAGCUGUACUUAUAUGUCAUUCCACGUAAAGAUAUUUUGCAUAGACAUGGAAACAGUCACUGCUAAGUCACUCCAACUUUAUACCAAUCUCUUUUUGUAAAAAGCAGCCAUUAUACUUGUGUGUGGCUGGAAUAACACAGUGGUAAAUCUAGCCCAUAGGCUGACACACAUAUAAGUGUAUAUAUAUGUAUAUAUAUGUAUAUAUUUGUAAAUUUACGAAAAAUGUCCAUAGCUUCAUGAUCACCUGAAAUAACCUGAGGUUGAUGUACAGAAUUUCAGGCAAAAGACUGUUUCUUUUUCACAAUCCUCAUAUAUCCCAGAUUUCAAUUGAAAGAAAUGAAAAUGUACUAUUUCCCAGGAAAAAGCUCAUUCUGCCAUUGCACUAGUUAAGGAGGGGUACCACACUGAAGUCAGUGGCACACACAUCCACACACGUCUAUCCAGUCAUAGGACUGGGCCUCAAGGGCUUUUUUAAGGAAAAUAAAUGGACUGAAGAAGCCACAACAGAAUUCCUAUUCCCCAAUUACUGCUCUCACUAGACUCAUUCGUCCUUUAUUAAGAGGCCCUUUGUAUGGAUGCUGUUCUUCUAUAGUAGGUGUAGGUUUGUGAGGAGCACCUUUGUGGAUGAAGUCAAGCUACAUAAAGGCCUACAUUUUCUGACCUACAUUUGUCUCCACUAACUUUAGGCACUUACAUGAACUCUUUAUGUUAAUAGGCUCUUAGUUUCUUGUAUAGUUAAUGAAGAGUCACAUCUAGAUGGUGAACCAGUAAAAGUGACAUCUAAGUCAGCUUGAGGAGUUCCCUCUCACCCCAUAGGGUGACUGCUCACCUAUCGUGGGUGGUCCCAAAAUCUUAAAAGAUCUUAGAUCCUGGUGAGAUGAAUUGGGGACCUGGUGCAGAAGAGCAUCCGUGUGGAGAUCAACCAUAGCCCUGCGCUUCAGGUGCAUGGCCUGGCUCACCAUGCAAAACACAGGCAUUAAUACUGUAAGACUGUUGCAGCAAAAGGAGAUGUUCUCAGUAGCCUUCCCCUACCAAAUUGCAACAUGACUGCAAAGGACAGAGCUUGAUCCAACCCUUGGAAAUUGCAUCUGAGGAGAUUUUCCCAUAGUAGUCUCCAGGCACAGACAACUGGGUGGUUCCAGUCAGAGAUCUUUGGUCUGAAUUCUUCCUUCCUGGAAGAGUUUCUUUUUCUGCUAGUCCUGGACAUUGCUGAAACAGUUCAAAGAGUGAAUUUACAUCAUAAAAGUUUGAAUGGCUGAGAUGAUUCAAAGGUUACUUUCCUACUCUAUCUCCAAACAGGCCUGAAAAAAGUUAUCUAGCUGGCAAUGAUGAUAAAAACAAAGUCUCCUCCAAAGUACAGUUUAGGCAAUUUCAUUUUUUUUUCAAUGUUAAUAAAUGCUUUGCAAACAGCUUACAUGAAGAUUAAAGAGAUUGCAAUUUUAUCCUUUAUUGUUGCGGUUAUAGUUGUCCUCAGAAAAAUGAAACUGCAGACUCAAGAAGAGAAUGAAUUGUGACUAUAUUAUUCAGAAAACUGAUCUGACAAGGCUGAACAUACAUCUCCAUCUCAUGGCGAGAGUCUCUUAGAGCCAGAAUUUGGAAUCACAUAUUGAUAGUGAGUCUGUCUGGAAGGACCAGCAAUUUAGUCUAGUAAAAGAAUUUUGGAGCUCUUGUGUGUUCCCAUAUUUUACUGGAAUAAAACACUGUCAGAGGAGUGGGAUGAUUAAACUGGUUUCUCAAAACUCAAAGGCUAAGUGAACUUUGGAUGUCAUGCCAACCUGUGAUCACUACUGUUUAUUUCUACAGCUAAACUUAAGUCAGUGACUUGACAAUCUUCACCCAUCUCUCAGAAGAACUUUAUUUUAAAAAAUAUUGUUAUGACAGGAGGGACUUCAGCUGGCCUGCAGCAACCUGUGGAAUAAAGAUUCAGUACUGCAUAGCAGUACUUAGAGAAGGAGUUUAGCUAGAAAGUGAAAGAUAAAGUUGACUUACAGGGAUCUAAAGUUAAUUUUCAGCAUGGUACCACCUUGCCCAAACUGUAGUGUUUCAUCCUGACAUUCCUCUCUUGUUCUCCCUUUCCCUUUCUGAGGAGUCAGAUAUGUAUCUCUCUCUCCCUCUCUUCCUUCUCCUCUCUUUGUGUGAGAAUAUAGAGAUGCUUCCUGUAAAGACAUUUUUCUCUAAAUCCUAUUCCGUACCAACUCUUGCAUUUGUGACUGUUAUGUUAUUUGAGAUAUCUGUGAAAAAGAAAUAAAGGCUGUAAGAGUGAACUCUGGAAAUGAGAAGGAGCUUGGGAAUAACAGAAAUUUAAGGAUGUAGCACCAUUCGCUGUAUGGUUGUCCAGAAUCUUCCUAAAUUUGGAUUGUGGCCCUCCAGCCCUCCCUCGCUGUGAGAGGGAUGGGGAGGGCCCCGGGAUAUGCGACUGUUGGAGAUUGCUCUUUUAGCUGUAGACUUGUUGUGUCCCAUGAGGACUUUGCAGAGUUUUAAAGAGUUUUACUGUCAAAGGAAAUCUCCCUUUAAAAAGUGAUAAACUCAAUGUGCAACACCACUUGGGAGGAGGCUUCAAAGGAUGUCUCUAUCCCAGUUUACCUUUCUUUCCCUUUCCAUACAACAGCCUUGCAUGUCUGGCCAUGUACAGUCUCCUCCCCACUGACCUAACUUUGCCAAAGGUGUAGCUACCUGGCCUCUCACCCACAUGCUGCACUUGAAUUAUCUUCCUGGAUGAUUUUCCAUUUUCUCUUAACAAAAACUUCCAUCUCACAUCCUAAUGAAGGCCAUGACUACUCCUGUGACCCUGCAGCAGGGAGUGACUGCACAGCCUCCUCUGGCCAGAGGAUAGAUGAAGCUUGGGUGGCCAUCUCUCAUCAGAGAGCUUGCCUUGCAAGCUUGUCUUGCAAGCUCUCACCAUGCUGCUCAUCAACCACUUGGCCAGUUCAGAGUGUAGGUCUGACUCCGCACUGUCUCACACUCGUGCCAUCACAUACUCCUACGGCAAAUAUGUGCAGGCAUGGCAAAACAUGCCUGUGAGAAGGCAGUGGGAGUCUCCAUGUGAGUCAGUGAGGAAUCAGACUCCCUGGACUCACCUCCAUCCACAGUAGGUGCGUUUCAUGCAGAUAUUUACUCUUUAGGUUUUCUUCUGCCACAAGUAAUAUUUCCCCUAGCCAUGAGCUACCACACUGGCCAAAAGUUUUUGGAGGUUUUCCCUUCCUUGACUCCUUCAUUGUUCAUUGUUUCCUUAAGGAAAAACAUCUUUUUGCUCAGAAGAAAUGAAACAACUCCCAUAACCAUCCUUUGGCGAUGACAAGAGUUGCAAUCACGACUGUCUCUAAUUGACAGUUUGGGAGACUUAGGAUAAUAAUUCACUUAAAUGCCUGCAAAUUGAAGUAUGUCAGUGCUUUUCUAGAACAUUCCCAAGUAAAAUAAUAUGACUGGUACAAAACAUUUGUCAUGUGGAUGCAUCACGGCCAGAUGUUUAUGUUUCCUCUAAGUUCAGUACACACAUAUCUAAACUGGAUUACAAAAGGAGCUAGAAUACCACGAUACUCAGGCAUAUUCAGAGAAAUGCAUUGAUACGUUGCAUUUAUCUGGCAUAUUUUCUCUUUGGAAAAUAGUAUGAGUCACAUCAGACCUGUCUGAGGCAGGUAGGUAUUAUAGCCAUUUUAGAGACAGGAAGCCAAAAGCCUGAGGAAAGACCUGAAGUUUAGCAGUUUGAUGCCCCCUCGCAACUUCUACUAGCUUCAGGUGGAGUCUUCUCUGUUCAGCACUUUUGAAAAUCCAGAGUCUACCUGGUUUAUCCAAAUCUGCCAGUGGCUGUAAACGUGAAAGCCAAGGUUAGGAUGCUCAGGAUCCUGACUUCAACAGAACGCUGCUAGAGAGCUUUGAUCCCACAAAGCAUGUAAGUACUUGCCUAAUUUCAAGCAUGACUGUCCCAUUAAUGAUGCUCUCGCCAUGCUUAAAGGUAGGCACGUGCCUAAUUGCUUUGGUAGAUUGGGAAUUGCAUUAAAAUAUAUUAAACUUUAGUAUAUUUUGAAAAUCCAAAAAUGUGCCCAUUUCUGAUUAAGUUUCAGGCAUUGUCAAGGAUACUUGAGCUGUGCAUGUAGCCGCUCAACCAAGCAGAACAAUCCUUAGCCAAUCCACGCAGAUCUUAACGUGUUUUGGAUAGUAACAUCCAUUUGUCACAAGUAGUUGAGGGUGGCAGGUCCUGUGAGGUUUGGAGGUUUGACCUGUGAGGUCCUAUGCUGCUGCAAGAGGGAAAGUGGCUCCUGUGGCCAUCGGUGCUAACAAUAAUACAUCAACAAAAACUGAUGAUUGUGUUAGGUCGUUGUGGUAAGAGUGAGUGUGAUGGCCAAUUUCACAAGUAACGCAACAUCUUAUCAAGUGUAUUGUACUUUUCCAUUUCUUCCUGUAAUCUGUUGCAGAAGCAGCGAACAGACAUUGUUUGAAUGUGAAACAAACCCAGACUUCUUGUUCCGUUCGUCCAAGGUGCUAAUCUGCAGACACGUGGGUUUUAGUGUGUGUGCAUCACUGUUUGCAGGACCACGGCCCUUAAGGAUCACUUUAGUAGCGGGGUUGAGAUCAGGGAAAUAACAGGGGGAAUGAACAAACCCUUGUAAAUUCGAAAGACAAAAGUUGCAGAAGACAUCACAGGACUUUGCUGAAAAACUGGCUACAUCUUACAAUUUUCCUUUUGUUUUGAUUUUAUUUGGUUUUGGUUUUAUCCAGAUUGGCCCAGAACACUGUAUUUCCAUCGAUUCAAAUCUUGUCUGGUAACUAACUAAACAACUUGUUCAUGGAAAAAUUAAAAA